UGUGCGUCUCCACACGCGUUUUAAAAGCAGUGUCAUGUCUUCUACUAACGUGUUUUUCACUCAGUUUCUUUUGCUUUUCUGUGUCGUUUUAUUCUCCGUUACUGAUUCAGAGGAAUGCGAAGUGUGUGUACAUUUCCUGGAGCGCCUUUACACCUCACUAGUUGUGCGGCACACAGAGCUCUCCCCAGAGCUGGUGGAGGAGGGUCUCAUCAGAACGUGUGCUGGGGCGACAGGAAAAGAGAACAGAUUAUGUUAUUACCUCGGCGCCUCGAGUGAUGCGGCGGCCAAAGUGACCGGUGAGGUGAGCCGCCCCCUCAGUGCUCACGUUCCUGUCCACAAAAUCUGCCAGAGACUUCAACGCAGAGAUGGCCAGAUCUGUGAGCUUAGAUACGAACAUCCGGUGCUGGACUGGAGCAGGGAUGCUUUGUCUAAAAUGCGAGUUCUGGAGCUGAGAAGGGUCUUGGCCUCGUGGGGGGAGGAAUGCAGAGCCUGUCUGGAGAAGAGUGAAUUUAUAGAUCUCAUCCAGGAGGUGGCCCCCAAACAUAGCACAGCGCAGCACAGAAGGCACGCAGAGGAGUUCUGAGGGCCUCCUCGUGCAGCAGCAUGCUGAGGACACACAGCUGUGAUGAGAGGGCCUCCUGGUGCAGCUCCAUGCUGGAGCCUGUUUUAGGAGGGGCUUCUUGAGCAGCUGCGCUCCGGGACACUUUUGAUAUUGCACUGAGGUUCCUUUUAAUCCUGUUCAUAAUAUUAGUUACGAUUGGCUAUUGUGCAGUAUGUGCACACUUCCCCAGCGUCUCAUUGUUCUGUACUGCCGUAAGCAUUUUAACUUAUUAGUUCCGAUUAAUAGUUUCUCACAGAGAUGCUGGCUGGUUCACAAAUACAGCUUUUUGAUUUUAAAGGUGACGAGAGGUUGGCUUUAAAGGGAUAGUUCACCCCCAAAAAAUGAAAAUCACGCCAUAAUUGAUCAACGGUGGCACCCAAUUCACUUCUAUUGUAUGGACAGCAAACCAAUGCAAGUCAAUGAAUGCUGAACAUUCUUCAAAAUAUCUUCUUUUGUCUUGAGUAAAUGAUGUUUUGGGUAAAUUGUCAAUUUAAAACCACAACUCCAUGCCUAUUCGUACUGGUAAGAAUAUGUCCGUACCUAUUUCACCCCAAAACCCGAAGAAAGAAUGGAGAAAUCAUCCUUUGCUUGAAGAAAUUAAAGCCUAUUUUAAGACCACAUCAUUUGCACCUCAAGCCCAUUUCUAAAAGAAGAAAAAACGGCCGUUGCAAGGCUGUGAUGAAAAAUAAAUAAAUAAAAAUGGGCUUCAUUUUUAAGCACAAAUUUUCCCACCCGUGUAUGUGUCACUUUCUAUUUCGGUGCUAAGAUCUGCCCGUCCGUGACUUCGUGUUAACAUGCAGACGCAUACGUGUGCGAGGGCACGUACAGACGUAUGACAUAAUUGCGUGUCACUACCCUGACCUCUCGUGAGGAUGGCAUUGUUGUGACGAUCCGUCCAUACACAUGUCGAACAAAGGACGCCCACGCGACCUUGCUGAUGUUUGCAUCUGGCGCGUUGCCAUGGCGACCACGCAACCUUUCAUUCGCCUGCUGCUUUCAUAAAAACUUUGUCAG